AUGGAGAAAACUCUAGCAACUCCCGAAAACACUAGACGCUCUCUUUCACCGUCAUGCUCAGUCGCCCGGAAAUCACGAGCCGCUGGUUUCGAGCGCAGAAGCAAACGGAGAUUGUCCGAGACGAAGGCACGCGUGUGUGUGUCCAGUGAAGAAGAAGAAGAAGAAGAUGAAGAAGAAGUGGUGAAGGAGAAGAUCUCUGCGUUGCAGAGGAUAAUUCCGGGAGGAACGGCGCUUGGUGUGGACGCGCUCUUCGAAGAGACAGCUGGUUACAUUAUGUCUCUACAAUGUCAGAUCAAAACCAUUAAAGUCCUCACUUCAUUUCUCCAACGCUUAGAUAAUCAAGAUAUGAAGUUCGGAGGUUGA